AUGACACAGUGGCUUUAUACUAUCUCCACUUCGCUCUCACUCAAGGUUAUUCUUUUCUCCUCCUCCUUCCCUAUUCUUGCUUUAAUAUUCUCAUUAUUUUUACUACGCCGCCUUUUUAUUCUAUUUCUAUUUCCAUUUCUCCUUUUCUCUCUUCCUCUUUCGCUCUUUCCAUUUCUCCCUUUCUCUCCUCUUCCUCUCGCUCUUUCCAUUUCUCCCUUUCUCUCCUCUUCCUCUCGCUCUUUCCAUUUCUCCCUUUCUCUCCUCUUCCUCUCGCUCUUUCCAUUUCUCCCUUUCUCUCCUCUUCCUCCAUUUCUCCUUUCUCUCCUCUUCCUCUCGCUCUUUCCAUUUCUCCCUUUCUCCUCUUCUCUCGCUCUUUCCAUUUCUCCUUUUCUCUCUUCCUCUCCUCUUUCCAUUUCUCCCUUCCUCUCCUCUUCCUCUCGCUCUUUCCAUUUCUCCUUCCUCUCCUCUUCUCUCGCUCUUUCCAUUUUCCCUUCCUCUCCUUUCCUCUCGCUCUUUCCAUUUCUCCCUUUCUCUCCUCUUCCUCUCGCUCUUUCCAUUUUUCCCUUUCUCUCCUCUUCCUCUCGCUCUAUCAUCUUUUUUUUAAUCCAUCCUCCCCACUCCCAACUCUCUCUUGUUUGCUUGAUUUUUUUCUUUUCUUCUUUCUUUCUUCUCUUUCACUGUCUCUCAUCCCCAUCCCUCCUCCCUGCCAAAUUAGAUCUGACUACAUGUUCAUUCCCUAAUUUUAUCUUAUCCCCAGGACUCCUAUCUUUCUGUCUGUCUGUUCAUUCAUCUAUUAUUCUCCAAACUUUUCCUAUCUCAUCUCCUGGAUUUUGUCUUUCCUCUCUCAUUCUCUCUCUCCUGCCACCAAUCAUUUCAUUUUUUUUAUUAUUAUUGCUGCAUUCUGUGGCCCCAAUUAAAUUCAUUUUCUAUUACUCCUUCCCAAAAAUCAUUCUCUCUCUGCUACCUUUCUCCUCUUCCCAGAGAUCAUUCUCUCUCCGCUUCCUUUCUCCUCUUCCCAGAGACCAUUCUCUCUCCGCUACCUUUCUCCUCUUCCCAGAGACCAUUCUCUCUCUCCUUCCUUUCUCCUCUUCCCAGAGACCAUUCUCUCCGCUUCCUUUCUCUCCUCUUCCCAGAGACCAUUCUCUCUCCGCUUCCUUUCUCCUCUUCCCAGAGAUCAUUCUCUCUCCGCUUCCUUUCUCCUCUUCCCAGAGACCAUUCUCUCUCCGCUUCCUUUCUCCUCUUCCCAGAGACCAUUCUCUCUCCGCUUCCUUUCUCCUCUUCCCAGAGACCAUUCUCUCUCCGCUUCCUUUCUCCUCUUCCCAGAGACCAUUCUCUCUCCCUUCCUUUCUCCUCUUCCCAGAGACCAUUCUCUCCUUCCUUUCUCCUCUUCCCAGAGACCAUUCUCUCUCCGCUUCCUUUCUCCUCUUCCCAGAGACCAUUCUCUCUCCGCUUCCUUUCUCCUCUUCCCAGAGACCAUUCUCUCCCUUCCUUUUCUCCUCUUCCCAGAGACCAUUCUCUCUCCUUCCUUUCUCCUCUUCCCAGAGACCAUUCUCUCCGCUUCCUUUCUCCUCUUCCCAGAGACCAUUCUCUCUCCUUCCUUUCUCCUCUUCCCAGAGACCAUUCUCUCUCCGCUUCCUUUCUCCUCUUCCCAGAGACCAUUCUCUCUCCGCUUCCUUUCUCCUCUUCCCAGAGACCAUUCUCUCUCCGCUUCCUUUCUCCUCUUCCCAGAGACCAUUCUCUCUCCUUCCUUUCUCCUCUUCCCAGAGACCAUUCUCUCUCCGCUUCCUUUCUCCUCUUCCCAGAGACCAUUCUCUCUCCCUUCCUUUCUCCUCUUCCCAGAGACCAUUCUCUCUCCGCUUCCUUUCUCCUCUUCCCAGAGACCAUUCUCUCUCCUCUUCCAUUCUUUCUCUCUUCCCAGAGACCAUUCUCUCUCCGCUUCCUUUCUCCUCUUCCCAGAGACCAUUCUCUCUCCUUCCUUUCUCCUCUUCCCAGAGACCAUUCUCUCUCCGCUUCCUUUCUCCUCUUCCCAGAGACCAUUCUCUCUCCGCUUCCUUUCUCCUCUUCCCAGAGACCAUUCUCUCUCCGCUUCCUUUCUCCUCUUCCCAGAGACCAUUCUCUCCGCUUCCUUUCUCCUCUUCCCAGAGACCAUUCUCUCUCCGCUUCCUUUCUCCUCUUCCCAGAGACCAUUCUCUCUCCGCUUCCUUUCUCCUCUUCCCAGAGACCAUUCUCUCUCCGCUUCCUUUCUCCUCUUCCCAGAGACCAUUCUCUCCGCUUCCUUUCUCCUCUUCCCAGAGACCAUUCUCUCUCCGCUUCUUCCCAGAGACCUUUCUCCUCUUCCCAGAGACCAUUCUCUCUCCCUUCCUUUCUCCUCUUCCCAGAGACCAUUCUCUCUCCGCUUCCUUUCUCCUCUUCCCAGAGACCAUUCUCUCUCCGCUUCCUUUUCUCCUCUUCCCAGAGACCAUUCUCUCUCCGCUUCCUUUCUCCUCUUCCCAGAGACCAUUCUCUCUCCGCUUCCUUUCUCCUCUUCCCAGAGAUCAUUCUCUCUUUGCUUCCUAA